AUGCUGACGGCGGUCUGCGGCUCCCUGGGAUCCCAGCCCUCGGACGCGCCCCGCGCCUCCCCGACCCACCUGGACCUGCAGCCGCUGCAGCCCUUCCAGCCGCACGCCCCCGCCGCCCCGGGAGCCCCCGACUUCUCCUCCCCGCUGCCCCCCCCGGAGCUGCCGCUACCGGGGCCCGACGACUCCGCCUUCGCCGCCCCCGGCGCCUACGAGCCCCAUGGCCCCCCGAGGUUAGAGCUGCCCCGCGACGGCCCCGCCGCCCCCGGCGCCUACGCCAAGCUGCUGCCGGCCCCCCCGGACAUGGCGCACCCCUACGAGCCCUGGUUUCGGCCCCCCCACCCCGGCGCCCCCGGCGAGGAAGGGGGGGGUGUCAACUGGUGGGACCUCCACGCCGGGGCCAGCUGGAUGGAGCUGCCCCCCGGGCAGGGCGGGGGGCUGCAGGUGCCCGCGCAUCCCGGGCUGCCGCCGGCCCUGGGGGGGUACGGCCCCGGGGGGGAGCACCAGCUCUGCGGGCCCCCCGCCCACCUCCUGCCGCCGCCGGCGCAACAUCUCCUGGGCACGGAGGGGGCGAAGGCUCUGGAGGGUCCCCCGGAGCCGCGGGGUCCGGAGGCGGAGGGCGGGGGGCGUCCCAAAGGCGCCCGGCGGGCCGUGCCGAGGGGCGGGGGGCAGGCGGCGUGUCGCUGCCCCAACUGCCAGGAGGCCGAGAGGGGGGGGCCGUGCCCCGAGGGGGCGAAGCGCAAGCACUUGCACAACUGCCACAUCCCGGGCUGCGGGAAGGCGUACGCCAAGACCUCCCACCUGAAAGCCCACCUGCGCUGGCACAGCGGCGACCGGCCCUUCGUGUGCAACUGGCUCUUCUGCGGCAAGCGCUUCACCCGCUCCGACGAGCUGCAGCGGCACCUCCAGACCCACACCGGCGCCAAGAAGUUCGCCUGCCCCGUCUGCGGCCGCGUCUUCAUGCGCAGCGACCACCUGGGCAAGCACAUGAAGACCCACGACGGGGGCAAGGACGGGGCCGAGCCCGAAGGGAAGGGCGCCGGGGACCCGUCGGCCGCCAAGGGAGGAGGCAAGAGGGAGCCGGAGGGGGGCAACGCAGCCGCCCCCACAAACUGA